GAGAUCACUUACAACUAGAUUCCCCUAAUAGGAAGAGAAGUACGGGACAAAUUCAGUGAAAAGAGGAAAGAUAAGUGUUUGUGCGACAGAAAUCCUCGGAUAGAAAGACGCCAGGAUGGAUGACAGGACGAUUGAUCACAUUUUUGCCGGCUCGCUGGAACAUUUGCCGCCAGUGAGCUCCAAAAUUGUGCGCAUUUUCACAAGUUCGACCUUCACAGACACCACGAUGGAGAGGAACACGCUGAUGGCAAAGUGCUAUCCCCGCAUUAAGGACUACUGCAGAGAGAAGCAUGGAUUGGAGUUCCAGGUUGUGGACAUGAGAUGGGGUGUUCGUGACGAGGCCACAGAUGAUCACAUGACAACGGAAUUGUGCAUGAGAGAGAUCCAGAAUUGUCAGCGUCUAUCCAUGGGACCGAAUUUUGUGGUCUUCCUUGGACAGAAGUACGGCUAUCGUCCAAUUCCAACUCUAAUUCUCUCAUCAGAACUGCUCCUGAUAAGAGAUGAAUUGGCCUCGAUGGGAAUCGAUGUCAUCCUUCUGGACACUUGGUAUAAGAAAGACAGCAAUGCUGUGCCUCCAAUUUCCGUGUUACAACCAAUUUCGUCAAUUCUCAUCAACUUCAACAACAAACGUGUGCCGAAGUUGCAAGCAGAGGAUCAGGCCAUUUGGUGGGACACACUCACGAAAAUGCAGAAGCUCUUCCGCAAGGCCACAGCCUCUCUGCACGCCGCCGGGAAGCUGGACAAGGAUCAAAUGCACAACUACUUCAUGUCCGUCACCGAACGUGAGGUCAUCAAUGGAAUUCUCAACGUGAAGAACACGAAGAACCAUUGCUUGGCGUAUGUGCGCUACAUCAAUAACAUCAACUUGCAGAAUCUCAAGAAAGCUGGACUCUUCGUGGACAUCAUCAAUCGCAGUCUGGACACGGAGGCGUGCAAGUUACUCGCCAAUCUGCGUGACGAGCGAUUGCCCAACAAAAUUGAGACAACCAACAUCCAGAAGUACACAGUGGAGUGGAUUGGACGAGAAGGACUCGAUACCGAGACUCAUGAAGAGUAUCUUAACCACUUCAUCUCCCACUUCUACAAGAACAUCAUUAAAUUGGUGGAUCGGGCCAUGCGCAAGGAGGACUCGAGUGCCCAAGGACAGAUCGUGACGGAAAUCCUACAGCACCUGCAUGCGUGCAACAACGCCGACAAGGUCUUCUAUGGACGCGAGGACGAGUUGGCCCACAUCAAGGGCUACAUGCUGGGCGACUCUGAAAAGCCACUCGUGCUAUAUGGCGAGGGUGGCUGUGGAAAAACCUCACUGUUGGCCAGGAGUGCAGCACUCUUCAUGAAGGAGUGGUUCAAGGAUGCUAAACCCAUCAGCAUCAUCCGCUUUCUCGGCACCACACCAGACUCCAGUGCCCUCACGCCCACACUCAUUUCCAUCUGCCAGCAGAUCUCCUACAAUUACAUGCUCCCCUUCGAGAGCAUCCCUGACGAUCUGGUGCCCCUCACAGCUCACUUUAAGCAACUGCUCACGUACGCCAGUCCCGCUCAGCCCCUCACACUCUUCCUCGACUCGGUGGAUCAGCUCACGGGCGCCCAGGAUGCCAACAAAGUCUCCUGGCUGCCUACGCGAAUUCCACCAAACUGCAAAAUCAUCGUCUCAUGCGCCAAUGAGGAGUCCAACCCCACAGUCUCCCGGGAAUACCAUCUGCUGCGUCGCAUGAUCGAUGUGGAGGAUAAUUUCGUGGAGGUUCGUGCUCUCGGUGAGGAGCUGGCCAUGAAUGUCAUUAGGAUGUGGAUGAAGACAGCGUGCAGGGAUCUCAACAAUUAUCAGUGGCGCCUCGUGGCCAAUGCCAUCGCCAAGUGCUCCUUACCCAUUUUCGUGAAGCUCGUCUUUGCUGAAAUUUGUCGCUGGCGCAGCUAUACUCGUCCCCAGGACACCCACUUGGCAUCCACAGUUAUGGACAGCAUCAUGAUGCUCUUUGAGCGCAUUGAGAAGCAACACGGACGCAUUCUCGUCUUCCACGCACUUGCUUACAUCACAGCCUCCAAAUCUGGCCUGUCUGAGAGUGAAGUUGAGGAUCUCAUCUCUCUAGAUGAUCGUGUGCUGGACGACGUCUUCCAGUAUCACUUGCCGCCUGUAAGGAGAAUUCCACCUCUGCUCUGGACACGAAUCCGCAACGAUCUGCCCAAUUAUCUCAGCGAGAGAGAGGCCGAUGGCGUCAGUGUGAUGAACUGGUACCAUCGCCAGUUCCGAGACACAGCACGUGAGAGAUACUUCAAGAACAUGAACAUGGCCAUGUACUUCCACUCUUCCAUCGCUGAUUACUAUCUGGGCAUCUGGGGCGGUGGGAAUCCCAAACCCUUCAAAUUUACAGAGAUCCAACGCCAUCGCUUUGGACUCACUGAGAAAGAGGGCUCAGCUGACAGGAAGGUUCCCGUGCAGCCCCUUGUCUUCUACAACAAAGACGGGAAAGUUUCCCGAUACAAUCUCCGCAAAUUCGGCGAAUUGCCUUUCCAUCUCGUGCGAUCUCGUCGUUUCACUGAUCUCUAUGAAAAUGUCCUCUUCAAUUAUGACUGGUUGCACGCCAAGUUGUCUUCUUGUCCACUGCAGGCUGUUCUGGCUGAUUUUGAGGACGCUUCCUCCAACAUUGACGACAAAGAUGCGCGACGAGAAUUGAUGCUGGUGGCUGAUGCUCUGCGACUCGGUGGAGCCAUUCUGGCGGUGUAUCCAAAUAUGCUAUCACCUCAGCUGAUUGGUCGACUUUUGCCAGAGAUCGGAGGAAAUCCCAAUAUCAAGAUGUUGCUGAGUGCAUGUGAUCGCAGUGGUCCCAAGGACUGCUCUUUGAUUCCCCUCAAUCACUGUCUCCACACCCCUGGAGGUCCUCUUAAGUACUCCCUGGAGGGCCAUCAAUUUGCCGUCUUCGCUUUUGUCCUCACCAGCGACUAUCGCUACAUGGUGUCCAUAUCCACGCGCUUCAUCACAUGGGAUCUCUCAACGUCUGACCUCACGCGCGAUGUCAACCCAGGCAUCGAGGGAAUUAUGCAGCAGCUGGUGCUAUCGCCAGACAAUAAAUGGGCGGGCGCGUACACCAAUAACAACCAAACUGUACUGCUCAAUAUGCUCUCCAGUGAAUUCGUCAUCAUUGACAACCCCUUCGAGGCGUCUGAUCAAGUCACCGGCGUAUUCCUCCUCAAUCAGAAUCUCUUCAUCCACACGAAGCUCAAGUGGGCCAGAUUUGAUAUGCGUGGAAAUUUGCAGGAGAAAUUUGACGCUAUAAAUGUGACUGAUGAGUGGGAAAUUCUCCUCAUGGAGUUCUACUCCAUCAAUGAGUACCACGUGGUGUACUGGACAGGGCAGAUCAGCAAUGAGAAGUUGCGAUUUGACACUUUCCGCGAAGGCUUCACGAUUCCAGCAAUGAACUUCCACAGCGCCAUGGCCAUGAAUCGUGAUCGCACAAGCUUGUUCUGCUGCACCCACGACAAUGACUACCAAGUCACAGCAUACCAGCUGGAUGGUGAUCAUUGGCGCGAGGAGAAAUCCCUGUCACGCUAUGAGAAUGACGAGAAAGAGAUGCUUCUGCAGUUGAAGCUGGAUCAGCACGAUCGAAUGCUUCUGGGCACAGCAGGCAAAGGCUUUGUCAUAUGGGAUCUGGACCCAGACAAUCCUAUCUCCACUGAUGUCCUCUAUCUGGCCCUGCCGCACGGAGUGCGAAACAUCACCACACGCAUGAUGCAGUCCAACUCAGUGAUGGUCAGCAGUCAGCUUAAUUACGCUGUCGCCGGAGUGCGAAAGAAUCUCUACGUUUGGUGUCUGGAGUCGAAGCAACUCAUGAAAAUCCUGGACGCCCACUUUGGCCGGAUCAUACAAUUAGAGGCACUCACCAUUGGGAAUUGGAAUAGCGUGAUCACGUCCAGCAUCGAUCGCAGUGUCAAAGUUUGGAAUAUCAACAAUAUCUUUGAACAGGUGCAUGUGAUCGAUCGACAUGAGCUGCAGAUCGACAGCAUUAGUCUGUCUCAGGAGACAGACUUUGCCGUCACAGUGACUAGAGGAUGUGUGGGCGUGUGGGAAAUUCGCCAGGGAAGACUCCUUUCCAAGUUGGCCGAUUCUCCACUGGGCGCCAUUGUCACACACGCUGAGAUUACUCCCGACGGUCGAUAUAUCCUUUCCUCGGAAACGGGAAAGAUCCUCAUAUGGAAUCGCGUGUCUGAGCAGGUGCUCUUCCGCGAUGACCAACCAGGCAUUCAACAGAUCACAUUCCUUGAGGGCGGUGAGAAAUUCAUCACAGUCUCCUGUCCCAACAUCACUAGCACCGAGGAUCAGAAUAGACUCACGGCGAUCGCGACUGUGAGAACCAUUCCAGAUGGUCAGAUACAGUUCUCAUUUGAUUUCCCGGUGCGAAUGGUGCCGGGAAUUCCCUUCCGCUGUGCCGUGAUCACGGCUGAUGGGAUGCACAUUGUCGUGGCUACGACGGACAAAGGCAGCAAGGAUUGCAUUGGAGUGUAUAGUGCCACCAAUGGUUCCCACAUCCAGAAGAUCACACUCAAGGGCUGCAAUAUCAAAGAGAUCAUCUCUCUUGUGCCACUGCCGCACAAGCCCAACCAGGUGGCCGUGAUCUCCACAGAGAAAGGCAGCGUGAUCGACAUCAAGACAAAGCGUCAUGUGAGAUCUGUGCCCAAAUGGCAGGGCAGCUGCACGAAGGACGGCAAGUUCGGUCUCUACGCGCCAUCACGCGGUGGCCUGGAGCUUCUGGAGUUGCGCAAAGGCACCACUGUCAAGACCUUCAUUCCCAAAGUGGCUGAGGGCGUCUUCACUGUGAUUUGCAUGUUCACAGACACUGAUGAAUAUGUGCUGUACUAUCACAGUGGCAAGAAGACUCUGCGUGUCUUCCGGGCCUCAGACACUGAGAUGAUCGCCAACUAUCGUCUGCAAGCAGAGUUGACGGCCAUCAGGAGCACAAAAGAUGGUCGUGGAGUGGUUCUAGGCACUGUUGACGGCUGCUUAUCUGUCCUCGCCAUUGCCGAUCCAAAUCUCCCAGAGAUGCUCGAAUAUCUCCAGAAUCUCCCAUCUCGCGAUGAGCAGUGGAAGAAGAAGCUGGCUCGCAUCAAGGCACGCACGAGAUUCAAGGCGGCAAUCAGAAUUGCCCGAAUCUCCACACGAUUCUCCAAACACACCGGCGAUCGUGAAAGUGUCCUCGGCGACAUUGACACCAUAUCCGAAUUUAAUGAUGACUAAUAAAACAGAAAGAGUAAAAUAUAAUCAUCACUUCUACUAAUAAAAUUUUAUUUUUACUUUCUCCUGAUAUUAAUCUUAUGUCAUCAGUUAUUGUUAGUCUCAAAAAUUACUAUCUGCUUUUCUACCAUGUUUUCACUACACGUGAUCUCUUUUAUUUUUUUCUUCAUCUUCUUCUCAUCAACUAGAAUAAUUUAACUUGAUAUUAAAGUCAGUAGUAUAAUUAUUGUGUUAUCCUUGCAAUAGUAAUUAGGUAAUUGAAAAUUCUUCAGGGGUAUUGGCAAAAAUAACUAUAAAUGGAAAAAUACUAAAUGUGGUAAAAAGAACAUGACAUUUAAUUAACACUAAGAUGGAAAUUUUAUGGGGUCCACGAAAUUGCUUAAUUUAGGAAUCCUUUCUUUCUCUUUUUUUCUCCUUGUGUGUGUGUGUGUCUGACAUCAACAUUUUCACUACAUGAUGUAUGUUGGCUACACCGUUGCUCAUUUUUUUUCACUAUCUCAACGUAAAUAGGCAUUAACAAUACAUUAUAAUAUAAAUUUGCAAUAAAUAUUUCAUGUGUAACAAGGGACAUAGAAGUAAUAUAUAGAUGUAAUGAAAGGAAACAUCAUCGUAGAAACAAUGAUGAUCCAUAGAGAAAGAUACUAAAUGCAAUUUAGAGAUUUUCAGUUAAAACUAAACAAAUAAUGAAAAACAUGUGAAUAUACCCGCUUUUAGGGUGCUUCAGCAUUUCGAUCUUGCAUUGUAGGGAAAAUUCACAAAUGUGGGAAAUAAGAAACUGAAUAAAAAUAUUACGCAGCUAUGGA